AUGGGUCCUUUUAACUUUGGAAAAGCUCAAUAUUCUCCUUACUUUUUUGCUGCAUCAAUUGUGAUGUUUUUAAGUACAUUAUGUUGUAUAUCAGCAUUUGCAUCACCAUAUUGGACAAAACGUUAUCUUGAUACACCAAAAGAUUUUCAAAAUAUUGGCUUAUGGGAAUUAUGUUUAUAUAAAUAUCGUCAUUAUAAAGAUGAUUUACAAAUUCCUUAUACUGGUUGUUUUUGGUUUUGGACUAAUGAAAUGUAUCGUUUUCGUGAUUGGAUUAUUCCACCUUGGUUUAAAUGGGUUCAAGCAUUUGCUACAUUAGCAUUCAUUUUCACAAUAGCAACUAUUUCAAGUUUAGCUAUUGCAGUUUUCUCAUCAUUUCGUUGGCAAUGGAGAUAUCAAUUAGCAUGGUGUAUUAUUUCUUUUGUUAUAUUUGCUUUUGAACUGAUUGCUAUUAUAAUCUACGGUAUCUAUAGUCAAGAUCGUCUUUGGAUGCCAAGGCCAGAAUUUAAUUAUUUGUCAUAUAGUUAUUGGAUUGAAUUUGCUGCGCUUGUUCUUGCAUUGGUUGCCUGUGGAUUAUUUGCUGGGGAAGUUAAUUAUCUUCGAGCACCUUAUGAAGGAGAUAUAGACGAGAAAAAUGAUAAUGAUGAAUUGCACCAUUCACCAUCAAAUGGAUCUCAUAUGCAAUUAACAUAUGAACGUAAUCGUCGACCACGAUCUGAAUUGUAA